UGCCAAGGAAACGCAUUGGAGAUUCCGAAAUGUGGAUGACCGCUUGAAGGUUUAGAUUUCUCGACGGUCACCUCGAAUAUUGCUGGCGCAAGCGAUGGAUAUAUAUUUGUAUUAUUAGUACAAUUGCUUGGUACCCAUGCGUUCAUGAGAAUCGUGCUUGAUGCUGGCUACAGCCGUUGUAUCAACCCCUCCAAGAUUCAGGUCCCCAGGCGCGACAAGGCGCGACAAGGCGCAACAAUAAUGGCCGCAUCCAGGGACUUCGCCCCUGGAUCGCCUUUAGGAGCACAAGGCGAAAUACCAAUAGCCAACGAUGGGCCUGAUAUUGAGGCGGGAAGGAAGAAUUCUCUCUACCCUCCGCUACAUAGCGUUGAUACCCAAACGUCCAUCGCGACUGAAGCCGACAAUCACAACGUUGCGCCUAUACUCCGACAGCGGAAGAGCCACAUUGGAACAUAUUGGGGAACCUUCCCAGCUGUGGUCGACAACCCACGCCGGCCGCUAUGGAAGCCUGGCCAGGAGCCAGGACUCGAUCCUGCGAGGCCCAAUGGAGGACGGGAGCAGCUUCUCCCUCUGCGCGCCGAGUGCGAUAUCACGGUCGUAGAUUACAGUGAAGACGAUAUGGUGAUGCGCCGUUUGACAAACGAAACACUGCCAUUGUGGCUGGAGAGGACAGAGAAAAUGGAAAAGGAAGGGUCGGAAGAGUUGGCCUGGGCAAAAUGUCGAUGGAUCAAUGUCAACGGACUGAGUUGGGACGUUAUUCAGGCAUUGGGCAAAUAUAAGAAUCUCCACAGUCUUGCCAUAGAGGAUAUGGUCAAUACGAAGAAUAGAACGAAGGCAGACUGGUAUUCGGAUCAUACUUUUCUCAUCUUAACUCUCCAGAAGCUCGUGAAGUUGCCUGAAGACUGUGAUUCUGACAGCGAUUCCGACGAGGAGAGCGACCUCUCAAAAUCGCCCACAGGCAGUGUCAAGGAGAAACGGGGCUGGUUGUCAAAGCUCUUGCACAGACUCAGCCGCCAAGACCCCUCAGUCGCCAGAGCGAGGGCAGCAGUUUCCUCCGAGUCUCCAGAGGAUAUCAUGACAGGUCACAGUGCGCGGUACAAGCGUGCUGGCUCCCAACUGCGAACACUACAGCGUUAUGGCGGGGGCCCAAAUCCAGAGUUCAUGACCUUCAUGGAACGGAACUCGGCCAUGACCCGCAAUGGUCUCGCCGUUUGCGCUGAGCAGGUUUCUGUCUUUCUCCACGGUUCCAACACCGUGAUCUCUUUCUUUGAGCAGUCUGCGGAUGAUAUCGAGGCGCCGAUUCUGCGGCGUCUCGCAACACCCGAAACUAUUCUUCGCCGCUCUUGCGACGCUUCUAUGCUGGUCCAAUCCAUUCUCGAUACGAUAAUCGAUCACGCUGUGCCCAUCGCCACAGCCUACUCCGAGAUUAUUCAGGAGCUAGAGCUUGAUGUCCUCACUGAGCCCGACAUCAAACAUACCCGCGAGCUGUACCUUCUCACCUCCGAGACCGCCACUAUGCGCAACUUCAUCUCCCCAAUUGCGACACUUAUCCGCGCCCUCCGCGACCGCACCGUGGCUCCUAACUCUCCUGCCGCUGCUAACAACAACAACACGCUCACUCGUCAUGAAUCGGGGCCUUCAGUCUCGCAUACCUCCACUGUUGACAUCUCGCCACUGGCCCACACGUAUCUCGGGGAUGUGGAGGAUCACUGCCUCAGUAUCCUGUCGGAGCUUGACCAGAUCGCCACGUCGGCAUCGGGCCUAAUAAGCCUGAUUUUCAACACAAUCUCAGCAUACCAGAAUGAGUCGAUGAAACAAUUAACGGUUGUGACCGUUAUUUUAUUGCCGUUAACUGUGAUUACGGGGUUUUAUGGGAUGAAUUUCACGGACUUCGAUGCGCUUAAUAACAAUACCAACUACUUUUGGAGCAUUGCAGCGCCGGUCGCUGUUGGUAUGGGGCUACUAAUGAUGCGAGAAAUGAUAGUGAGGUGGUUUAAGAAAGUAAUUUUGAAGUGGGGUAGAAGGAGGAGGCGUGAGAGACGCGAGAGAAAGGAGAGAGAGAGGAGGGAAAGGGAACUGAGGAAGAGAAGAUGAACUGUGAUAAAUUAUUUUGUAAGGUUUGAAGAUGAAAGGGGCGCAUUAAGUUCUGUUGGAGUUAGCCGGGUUUUUAUUUAGAUACCAUUGUCGGAUAGAUUUCGGCGCUUGAGAACUUACUCAACACAAAUGCAGUGUCGCUUGUCAUAUUUCUACCUGAACUCCAAUAGCGUAUUAAUAUAUUUGAGUAUAAAGGGCG